AUGGCUUCCUACAGCGAGUCAAUGAGAGACUUUGAGAAUGCAAGUACAACCGGGGUAAAGCAACAGACGGCUUGCAUGCUCAAGAUGAAGCAUUGCGUUCUUCAGCGUAAUCAUGGUCGGGAAACCUGGAUAUCAGGUCGCCAACUUUGCCAUACACUCCCUCCCCUUGUUCAGCCUCAAGGCCACGUUGCACAUCUCGCUGUUGGUGGAUGGCACCAAGACGAGCAAGCGGUGGGGUCACUCAGACGCGGACAUCGCAACCUGGCAGUCUCACUUCAAGGCCAAGACAACCCCUCGACUGGAUCAGCCAUCCAUGACACCCUGCCCCUCCUCAAGGAUGCUAACGCAAACCUGGCAGGCGAGCUCCUGGACACGUGGAAGGAAGCCCACAAAACCCCCCAUUACAGCAACUAUGACACAAGCAUGAUUCUCGACGUCAUCAACUACGGCGAGCUCUCGCGCUUCAUGGUAGGCAAGUCAGUGACGGAAUCUGCCAUCCGCAGCGUCGACUAUGAGAUCUUCUACGGUCCUUUUGGCCGCUGGGCGGAAGGCGCAGCAGAGAAGCCGUCAAACCCUCCCUUCCCCCCCCCGGGCCGCGGUCUCCCAAUCACAUCAAUGCGAGGGAUUGGGAUGAAAGACGUGGCCCCGAGGUCAAGUAUGGCUCGUCGUGGGAUGGCUCCCAGGGAAACCGGGGUGGUGCUCAAGAAUGACCAGCUGCAGAAUGGAGACGCCCGUGGCGUUAAUCGUGCUAUGGGUUGA